UACUCUUUGCGUCACUUUUAAGCGAGAAAACCGUUCGUGCUAAAAGCUGAAAUUUGUAAUUUUACAAUUAAUUAUUCCGUUCUAUCGCUAGUAUAUAGUUUAAAUAAAACUAAAAUGGAAGUAACAGAUGAGAAUUUGGCAACCUUAGCCAAUUACUUGCAGCAAACUUUAAAUCCCGACCCUAACAUCAGAAGACCCGCGGAAAAGUUUCUCGAAGGUGUUGAAGUGAAUCAAAAUUACGCCAUUCUGCUGUUACAUUUGAUUGAUAAAGAUACAGUAGAUCUAACAAUAAGAAUAGCUGGAGCUGUUGCUUUUAAAAACUAUAUUAAAAGAAAUUGGCCUGUGGAGGAGGAUGGUGCAGACAAUAUCCAUGCAAACGACAGAGCAGCUAUAAAAAGUCUCAUAGUGUCACUUAUGCUGAAGUCACCUGAAGCCAUCCAGAGACAAUUCAGUGAUGCGGUGUCAAUAAUUGGAAAAUAUGAUUUCCCACAAAAGUGGCCCGGUCUCAUCUCGGAAAUGGUGGAGAAAUUUGCUACAGGUGAUUUCCAUGUGAUUAAUGGAGUUCUUCGUACAGCACAUUCUCUGUUCAAGAAAUAUAGAUUUGAAUUUAAAUCACAAGCAUUAUGGGAAGAAAUCAAACAUGUCUUGGAUAAUUUUGCUAAACCAUUGACAGAUUUAUUUGUGGCAACUAUAGAAUUAACAACAACACAUGCAAACAAUCCUCAAGCUCUUCGCAUUAUCUAUGGAUCUCUUGUAUUGAUUUGCAAAGUGUUCUAUUCGUUAAAUUAUCAAGAUUUACCGGAGUUCUUUGAGGAUAACAUGCCGAUAUGGAUGCCUAACUUACUCAAUUUGUUGCAAGUUAAAGUUCCCAGUCUUGAAGCUGAUACUGAUGAUGACAAGCCCGGUGUAAUGGAACAGUUACGUACAGAAGUGUGUGAGUGUGCCGCGCUAUAUGCAUUGAAAUACGAAGAGGAGUUCCAUCCUCAUGCCCCGGGUUUUGUGACUGCGGUGUGGACGGUUUUGCUGGCAACUGGACCACAGGCUAAAUAUGAUGCGUUGGUAUCAAAUGCUCUGACAUUCCUCGCGAAAGUGGCUGAAAAGAAAAGAUAUCAGAACUUGUUUGAAGAUCCGGGAACGCUCAGCAGCAUUUGUGAGAAGGUUGUCAUUCCCAAUAUGGAAUUUAGAGAAUCGGAUAUGGAGUUAUUUGAAGAUAAUCCCGAGGAGUACGUGCGUCGCGACAUGGAGGGCUCCGAUGUGGACACGCGCCGGCGUGCUGCAUGCGACCUCGUGCGUACACUCGCACAGCACUUUGAAGACAAAAUGAUGAAUAUCUUCGGACAAUAUGUACAGGUGAUGUUAGGUAAAUACCAAGAGUGUGGAGCGAGCGCGUGGCGCGGGAAGGACGCGGCGCUGUUCCUGGUGACGUCACUGGUGUCACGCGGGGGCACGCAGGCUGCUGGUGUCACUAAAGCUUCCCCAUUAGUGGACCUCACCAGCUUUGCUGCAGGACAUGUGCUGCCGGAGCUGCAGAGAGCACCAGUGACUGAGUUACCCGUACUGAAAGCGGAUGCUAUAAAAUACAUUAUGACGUUCCGGUCACUCCUGCCCAAGGAGUUUCUUAUCACUGCCUUCCCUCUAUUGAUUGAGCAUAUAUCUGGUCGUGGCGUGGUGUGUACAUAUGCAGCAUGUACCGUGGAGAAGUUGGUAGCAGGUGGUAUGGUGCCCCGUCCUCUGCUGGAGCCCCAUGCACCGAAGCUCCUCACCGCUCUCUUUGCAGCUCUAGGAGAUAAUACUGAUCCAGCUGAUCAUAAUGAAUAUGUUAUGAAAGCUAUCCUGCGUACACUAUCAGCACUACAAGAGUCUGCACUGCCUUUCGUUGGAGACGCUCUGCCGAAACUCGCCCGUAUGCUCUCUGUGGUCGCCAAGAAUCCCUGCAAGCCGCAUUUCAAUCAUUUCCUAUUUGAAACUUUGUCUUUAUCUGUCUCAUUAGUAACAAAGUCUAAUCCAAACGCAAUAUCUGCCUUCGAAGACGCUCUCUUCCCGAUCUUCCAGGAGAUUCUACAGAACGAUGUACAAGAGUUCAUGCCAUACGUGUUCCAAAUGCUGUCCCUCCUGCUGGAGCUGCGAGGCAGUACUGGUGGUGGGGGCGAGGGCGAGGCGUACGGCGCCUUGCUGCCGUGCCUAGUGGCGCCCCCGUUGUGGGAGAGGCCGGCCAACGUGCGCCCACUGGUGCGCCUACUCUGCGCCUAUGUCGCUGUUAGGACGGAACUAGUGCUUAAUUCAGGGAAACUGAAUGCAAUGCUUGGUGUGUUCCAAAAGCUGAUCGCAUCAAAGACCAACGAUCAUGAGGGCUUCUAUCUCGUACAGACUAUGCUAUACAAGUUUGGAAGUUCAGUGAUGGAUCAAUACUCAAAGCAGAUAAUAACUUUACUGUUUCAAAGGCUAUCGUCAUCAAAGACCACGAAAUAUGUGCGUGGUCUUAUCGCUUUUCUCGGAUUUUACGCCGCGCACUUUGGGGCUGAUACACUCGUCAAUCUUAUUAACUCUGUCCAAGCCAAUAUGUUCGCGAUGUACACGGAACGUAUCCUGAUCGCGGAGCUGCAGCGUGUUUCUGGUGCACUGGAACGUAAGGCAGCUGCUGUCGGCUGUGUCAAGUUACUUUGUGAAUCUGAACAUUUCCGCACGGGGGCGCUCGCGGCGCUAUGGCCUAAACUGCUGCAGGCUUUGAUAUCAUUAUUCGAGCUGCCCGCUGACGAGAGCUCGCUCCCGGACGAUCACUUCGUGGAGGUGGACGAGCCUGCAGGCUACCAGGCUCAAUACGCACAGCUCACGUGUGCUCGCAACGCUGCUGACGAUCCACUGGCCGGUAUAGAAGAUCCGAAGCGCUAUCUAGCGGAGAGUCUGGGCAACAUGUGUCGUCAGUGGCCGGACGUGGUGCCGGCGCGAGUCGCCGCACUCGAGCCCCCGCACAGGCACGCGCUGCAGACUUAUCUCAACGCGUACAGCGUUCAGAUAUGUUGAACAUCAUUGUAACUUAUCAUAUCUCAUCAUCACUAACUAUAGCUGGUUAUCAAUUAUCAUAAAUUCAUUGUCACUAACCAUAAACCCAGUGUCACCAUACCAUAAAGCUAGUAUAACUUACCCUAAUUCACCAUAUUGUGGAACACACUCGAGUCUUGCUCACAAGAAGUAUAUUGUUUUAAUUAAACAGUAAAAUUUGCUGAGAAAAAGAAUAACUCGACUCUCAACAUAAUAUAUCUGGUGUUUUUGUUUAUUUACUUUAUAUGAAUAAGAAAAUAAUCGCAAACUUCAAAUAAUUCUAUUCGAAUCUAUUCUGUUUAACAAUUUGGUAUGCUUCUUAAAAAAGCGAAGAUGUCAAAAGAAUUUUCUUGUUACUUGUUAUGUAUGAAUAUGUAUUGUAAAUGUAUGUAUGGGUGCAUUGAAUGCUGUAUAUAAGUUUGUAUGAGGUUUGUAUGAAAGGAAUUUUGUCUAAAUAUUACUUAUCUUUAUAUCGACUAUUUUAAGUGUAUGGGAUAGUGUGUAUGAUGUAUGAAUAUUUUUUUUAUGUAUUUAAAUACUAUUACUGUUAAGAAAUGUAACUUUUUUUCCUUCUCGAUACAUAAAACAGGUUUUUUCUGCGAUUAUGUGAUUAUUUAUGAAUUUUUGCUUAUGUACUUGAACAUAUUUUGUGUGUGUUUAAUACAAGUGUCAAAUAUUUAUUUUUUGUCAAUUUUUCGUUUUUUUUUUCUUUGUUUCACGUUUUAAUUUCUUAUUAUUUUAAUAUGUAAGUUGCAAAUCUGUUUUUUUUUAGUU